AUGCAUGUUCAUAUUCCUCUUAUUAUAAGCUUUAUUUUCACCCAUAAACUAUUAUUAUACGUUUUACCAUUCUUGAGUUAUACCCAGUAUAUUAAUUACUACCUCACUCAUUCACAGCCACAUCUGGCUAAUUCUUGUACAAAUGUUGUUUCAUAUUUUAUUGGUACGUUGUGGUCU